AUGCUAAUAAUAGAGAAAAUUAAGAAGGUUUUUAUAAUGUUAAGACAUAUCAUCAAUACUCAAAGACACAUAACAUUGUUACAAAAAAGAAUGGCUUCUCUUAUUACUAAACCAGAAUUUAGUUAUUUAAAAAAUCUUGGACUUAAAGAAGAAAAUUAUGGUGUUUUCAAUGGUAAAUGGUUUGGUAAUGGAAGCGUAAUUGAAUCUUUAUCACCGGCUACCAAUGAGGUUAUUGCUAAAGUACAUAAUGGAACACCAGAAGAUUACAAUAAAACAAUUACAGCAUGUGAAGAAGCAUAUCAACAAUGGGCUGAUAUUCCAGCACCAAAAAGAGGUGAAAUCGUUCGCCAAAUUGGAGAUGAAUUAAGACAAAAUAUCAAUGAUCUUGGUAAAUUAAUUUCCCUAGAAAUGGGAAAAAUUCUUCCUGAAGGUGUAGGUGAAGUUCAAGAAUAUGUUGAUAUUUGUGAUUUUGCUGUUGGAUUAUCAAGAAUGUUCUCAGGAAAAAUUAUUCCAUCUGAAAGAUUUGAGCAUGAACUUCAUGAAAGAUGGAAUCCACUUGGUGUUGUUGGUGUUAUAUCAGCUUUCAAUUUUCCUUGUGCUGUUUAUGGAUGGAAUAACGCUUUAGCAUUAGUUUGUGGUAAUUCUGUUAUUUGGAAACCAGCUCCAACAACUCCUUUAACAGCUAUUGCUGUUACUAAACUUGUUGAAAAAGUUUUGGUCAGAAAUAAUAUUAAUCCAGCUUUGUGUUCACUUAUCUGUGGUGAUGCAGAUGUUGGCCAGUCUUUGACAAAAGAUGAUAAUGUUAAAUUAGUUAGUUUUACAGGUUCAACAGAAGUUGGUAGAAUUGUUGGUUGUCAAGUACAAAGUAGAUUUGGUAAAAUUUUAUUAGAAUUAGGAGGAAAUAAUGCUAUAAUAGUUAUGGAUGAUGCUGAUCUUGAUUUAGUUAUUCCUGCUACAGUAUUUGCUUCUGUUGGUACUGCUGGACAAAGAUGUACUACAACCAGAAGACUUAUUGUUCAUGAAAAGGUUUAUGAUGAAGUUAUUAGUAGAAUUAAAAAAGCUUAUCAACAACUUGAAUCAAGAGUUGGUGAUCCAACAGAUCCUAAUACAUUAAUUGGUCCUCUUCACAAUAAAGAAGCUGUUCUUAAAUUUAAAGCAUCAGUAGCUGAAGCCAUUGUAUCAGGAGGAAAAGUAGAAUAUGGAGGACAAGCUUUUGAAAAUCGACCAGGAAAUUAUGUUACACCAACUAUCGUAACUGGUCUUAAACCAGAUACACCAGUUGUUUUAAAAGAAACAUUUGCUCCAAUUCUUUAUGUUUUAAAAACAUCAUCUUUUGAAGAAGCUGUUAAAAUAAAUAAUAUGGCUAAACAAGGUUUAUCAAGUAGUAUCUUCACUAAAGAUACUGGAAAAAUCUUUAAAUGGUUUGGACCAAAAGGUUCUGAUUGCGGUAUUGUUAAUGUAAAUAUACCAACUUCUGGAGCUGAAAUUGGUGGAGCAUUUGGUGGAGAAAAAGAAACUGGUGGUGGUCGUGAAUCAGGAUCCGAUGCUUGGAAACAAUAUAUGAGAAGAUCUACAUGUACUAUCAAUUAUGGCAAAAGCCUUCCACUUGCUCAAGGAAUUAAAUUUGAAUAA